ACGUAGAUGUCAAAAUUGAGAGAAAUUGAGGAAAAACAAUUGAGAGGAUCCAUUCUCCUGCAAUCUAUGGAUUCUGGCAUUCUGCUGAGGAAUAUACAAAUAUUAACAUAAAGUAACAGUAAACUAAUAAUUUAAUUAUUCUCCUAAAUAACUAUUAAAAGUUCAAUAAUCCAUAUCUUGCUUGCUUCUACCUCACUUUGUUACAUCCUUUUCUGUCCUAUGUUAAAUUAUUUUUAAUAUUUAUUUCCCCCAUAUGCAUAUAUAUGUACAAAACAAUGUUUUAGAAAAAUAUAGGACCAACACUUUCCAUCCAAAAAAUCCAAAUAAAAAUACAUCAUACAUCUCUUUCUUGUCCUCCAUUGUUUCCUUUCAUCACACACCUCACAUGAUUUCCACCUCCAUUUCUCAUCUCUCUAUUAAAUUCAUUCAUACACCCAAACCAAACUUCCUUAACAGUAUUCUUCUCACUUGCACUUUUCACUAAAACUAUAAUGACACAAUUACCCUAACAACACAAUCAAAAUAAGGAAACUCCAAAAGGGUAUUUCAGUCAAUUCACAUGCUAUAGUCCAACACUUCAUGACUGUAUCAACUGUAAUAAUAAGGAUAAGCAUAGAUCUGCAGAAACAAAGUAACAACCUUUUUUUUUUCAUUUUCUUCAUUCUUCAUGAAAUCGUUAUUCAGAUUCUGAAGUAACUAACUGAAUUAAACAUUGUCUCGCCGGAAUAUUCCUUUUUUCGCCGGAAAAUGGAUGUUUGACGGAAAUGGGUGAAGAAGAUUUAAUCGGAGAUUCUCAAUUGGCGGGUGUACCCACCGGAGCUCAUCGUCUCCGGCGAGCCGUGGAACUCAUUUGUUCGUUACUAUCUCUUUCUCUGUCAAUUAGAGUCUUCGCCGGAAAAUGGCAACUCAUUCGUAACAAGCUUGAAGAGCUUCAUUCUGGUUUAAUCUCUGCCGAGAAUUGUGAUUCCGGCGAGAAUCCGUCGUUUUCUAGGUUGGUAACUUUGAUAGUAGCGACGGUUAGUGAGUGUCACGAUCUGGGUCAGCGUUGUGUUGAUGUUUCGUAUAGUGGGAAGCUUUUGAUGCAGAGUGAUUUGGAUGUAGCGUUUGCGAAGCUUGAUGGUUUAGCUAAGAAGCUUUCUGAGAUAUACAAAACGGGUCUUUUAACAAAUGGGUUUGCGCUUGUUGUUUCAAAACCGUGUCUUGGUGCUUGUAAAGAGGAUAUGAGGUUUUAUGUGAGAGACCUUUUGACGAGGAUGAAGAUUGGUGAUUUGGGUAUGAAGAAACAAGCUUUAAGGAAUCUUCUUGAGGUUGUUGUCGAGGAUGAGAAGUAUGUUAAGGUUAUUGUUGUUGAUGUUAGUGAUGUUGUUCAUGUUCUUGUUGGGUUUUUGUGUUCUGCUGAGGUUGAAAUUCAAGAGGAGAGUGCAAAGGUUGUUUCUGUUGUUGCUGGUUUUGAUUCAUAUAAAGGGGUUUUGAUUAGUGCUGGUGUUAUCGCGCCUUUGAUUCGUGUUUUGGAUUGUGGGAGUGAAUUGGGGAAAGUUGCGUCUGCGAGGUGUUUGAUGAAAUUGACUGAGAAUUCGGACAAUGCUUGGGCUGUUUCUGCUCAUGGUGGUGUUACUGCUUUGUUGAAUAUUUGUGGGAAUGAUGUUUGUAAAGGGGAUUUGGUUGGUUUUGCUUGUGGGGUGUUGAGAAAUCUUGUUGGUGUUGAGGAAGUUAAGAGAUUUAUGGUUGAGGAGGAUGCCGUGUCGACGUUUAUCAGGCUUGUGAAAUCAAAGGAGGAAGCAAUUCAGGUGAAUUCAAUAGGGUUCAUUCAGAAUAUUGCCUUUGGAGAUGAGGUAAUUAGACAAAUGGUGAUUAGAGAAGGCGGAAUCCGUGCUUUGUUACGCGUUUUGGAUCCUAAAUGGUCCUUUUCGUCGAAAACAAAGGAAAUAGCAAUGAGGGCUAUUGAGAGUUUGUGUUUUACAUCAUCUAGUUCUGUAAGUAUUUUAAUGAGUUAUGGUUUUGUCGAUCAAUUGUUAUAUUAUGUUCGAAAUGGUGAAGUCUCAAUUCAAGAAUUGGCAUUGAAAGUGGCAUUUAAAUUAUCUGGAACAUCUGAAGAAGCUAAGAAAGCAAUGGGUGAUUCUGGUUUUAUGGCAGAAUUUGUUAAGUUUCUAAAUGCAAAAUCAUUCGAAGUUCGCGAAAUGGCAGCCGAGGCACUCUCCGGCAUGGUCACGGUACCUAAAAACCGAAAGAGAUUUGUACAAGAUGACAAUAACAUAGCCCUACUUCUUCAAUUGCUUGAUCCAGAAGAAGGAAAUUCAGGUAACAAAAAGUUCUUAAUCUCAAUUUUAUCAUCAUUGACAAGUUGCAAUAGUGGAAGGAAAAAGAUUGUUAGUUCUGGAUAUGCAAAAAACAUAGACAAAUUAGCAGAAGCUGAAGUUUCUUCAGAUGCUAAAAAACUUGUCAAGAAACUAUCGACAAACCGGUUUCGCAGUAUGUUGAAUGGAAUCUGGCAUUCAUGAAUGUAAUUUCAUCAAUCAUUUUUCUCUCUUUUUUCUUUUUUUAACUGUAUAUUUAAUUUACUUUAGUGUCUUACAAGUUUUGCUAAUUUGUUUUCCCCUCCACAAUAUGCUUUCUGUUUAAUUUCAUUGGCCUUGUCCAUGAUAACAACAGUAGCACACACCAUUAUGUUGAUUGUAAUCAAAUUUAGUGAUGAUACCAUAAAGCCUUUGUUGUA